UCUACAACCAUUUCUCAACGAGUAUGGAUGUAAUUUUUGUGAAUACGAGACAUAAUACGAGAGCAUUACAAGCCCCCAAUGGGGAAGCUCUGGCGAUCCGGCGCAGCAGCCGGCGCUGAAGCGUGCACUAGGGCGGGAGAGUGUAAUCAGACUUCAUUGACGGCAGCGCAAGGCAUCAAAUCAUGUUUGAAGGAUCCGAUGAAGAGCUGCUCUUUUUCGGAGAUAUCUUGGCAUCAGUUGGUCAUUCGGCUAAAGGUAAAACCAUUGCGGGCAAUCUUCCAGAAGGGGCGACAAUCUACAGGGAAUUAGAGGGUAAGGAUUUUGAAUCUCGCCAUGAAUUGCAAGAAGGGGCGAUCUGCGGGUUGAGGAAGGGCGAGUGGCGAAGCUUAGAACUCGUUCCAUAGAAAGGAGAAAUCUUACAGGGGGAAUCAUUGUCUGGGUGGAAAGCUUGAAAGGAGGGUUCCAGCAAGGGUCAAUAAUCGGCUCACUCAUGCCAAUCUUUCUCCAUGUAAGCACUACUUAUUGGGUUUGAAGGGGUUAGGGUUUGCACAGGACGUUGUAUCUAAUCAUUCUCGUGCAAGAGCAAGGGCUCGCAUGAGAACAUGGAGUGUGGGAUUGUCUGAGCAGGUGAAACGGAAGGGGGUGCCCAACACGAGUAGUUCAACUUGGGAUGCUUGUCAUUGAUCAGCUUUUGAGUUACCUUCGGGAUUCCUUUUGGCAGCCAAGAACCGAGAUACUCACAGAGUCACAGGGGUCUAGGAAUUGAGAAAGAUUUCAUUCAAAUUGAGAGCAUAUGCUUCCGUUUCUCGGUUAAAGAUUCACUCUUCUGCAUUUCUGAAUUCAAAAAAGGAAUACAAGGACACAUCUUGCUUGGAUCAAAAACUACCUAUUGGCUUAGGAACUCGCUGCUGAAAUUAUGGGCGAGCAAAACCCGAACUCAACCGAAAACCCGAUCGGGUAUCCCCUCACUUAGCCGACCGGGUCAGUUGACCCGAACUCGAGUAUCCGAAUCGAAAAAGCCCAGCCCAUGUUUUAAGGGUAAUGGGUUAUGAGUAGGGUAUUAGAAAUAGCUAUUCGACCCGCCCGAGAACCCGAACUGCCCUAGGUAUAUAAACUACUUAUUUAACCCUAACCAUAUCACUUCACUCUUCACUCGCAACUCCCUCUCCCAUACUCCGACCUCUUUCUAACCGGUCACCCACUCAUCCCUGUCAACUGUCCAUUGUCGCCCAUCCACUUUUUACCAUUAUCUUGUAGUCUGUUUGUCCCUCCGAUGGUCCGACCUCUGUAGUCUGUACGUAAUCGCCAAUCCGUCAUAGCCUCUCUGCCUCUCUGCCUUGGUGGAACUGCGAAAGCCGGUUAUAGCCUACCGGCCUUACGAAUCUAGAUCACUAUUAUGGUCUUGUGGAUUUGUGGAAGCUUUAACCCGUUCGACUAUCUUAAUUCUUACUGAGGUAUAAACGUUCAAUACUUAAAUUGUAUGCUUGGUCCACUUAGAUAAACCAUUUAAUGCAUGUUCUGAUAUGUAAUAAUGGCUUUGAAAUGCGAUUUGGUGAAAGUCUAAUCCCUAAAUAUGAUGUCUUAUCAUUUUUGUAUAUGAAUUACCUGUGUUAUUUUGAUUCACUCUAAUGUGUUUGGUGGAAGCUUGAAACCCUAGAUCCGGCAUCUGAAACCCUUGGUAUUAAUUACUCGUUAAUCUGUGAUGCUUUGGUCAUGCUUGUGAAUCUGUGAUUCUGAGUUUUUGAUAUAAAUGGCCUCUGAAUAUGUGAUGCCUCAAUGAUUAUGUAUGAUUUUGAAAUAUUGAUAUGAAUUACUUAUGAUGCCUCGGUGAUGCCUGUGAUUCAGAGAUUUUGAGUGGAAGCUGCUUAUUUCUCUGAUAUAUGUGUGAAUUGUAAUGUGGAGUCAUAUCAGAAUUAUGAUGCUUUGUACACAUAUUUUGUAUAUUCUGAAUUUCUGAUUAUCGGUGAAUACAAUUUGCUGAGUAAAGAUGAUGGUUGAUUUAUUCUGACAAAUGUUGAAGUCACCCUUUUCUACUCAAACACUCAAACGAGUAGUUAGAGUGAACUGGUAUCUUCUAAGUCUGUAGAGACGUGAAUAAGCCUACUGCUUAUAUCCUUCUGUAGAGCAACUUGUUGAUUGUUCCAGACUUUAUUGUGAAUGUAUGAAGUUGUGUUCAAUCUGCGAUGCUCUGGUCAUGCUUGUGAAUCUCUGAUUCUAAGAAGUUACCUUUUUCUACUCAAACACUCAAACGAGUAGUUAGAGUGAACUGAUAUCUUCUAAGUAUAUAGAGAAGUGAAUAAGCCUACUGCUUAUAUCCCUUUUGUAGAUCAGCUUGUUGAUUGUUUUAGACUUUAUUGUGAAUGUAUGUAAUAGAAUUAUUAGACCAUUAGUAUUGUACUUUACAUUAAACUCUUCUAUUAUAAAUAUAUUUGUCAGGGCUCCUUAGAGAGCAUCUUGUUCCAUUAUUUCACAUGGUAUCAAGAGCACAGUAAAAACCCUAAUAUUUUUUUUCGUUUCUCUCUCUACUGCCGCCGCCGAAGAUGUCUUCAUCCUCCACGCCAGCUACUUCCGCAGCGCCGUCCGUGGUGGUCUCUUCCGCAGCCGGCCUGUCGUCUUCUUCUGUCGUGGCAGGAAUUCCCCUUUCGACCGGCGCUCGACUUCAAUUUGGAAUGUAUGCCGGCCAUCUCUCCCUUUGCAUCUCCCAGUCGGACUGCCGUGCCUCCUUCCCUUUUUCUGACCAUGCCUCCGGCAUUUCCCUGGCCAGCACCCACUCCAGUGCAGCGGAUGUCCUUGGAUCCGCCCCCCCUUUCGGCCGGGCCUUUUUCUGGACCCACGUUCGUUGGAUCACCGGGAGUCUCCUCUACUCUAUCACCCCCUCGGACCACCGUGGGCAGUACAGCCGGUCCCCCCUUGGCAGACCUGGUAUACAACAUCUCUCAUGUGGCUACUAAUGUCACCAAUAUUGUUACCACAAAGUUCCUCGCAGUGGAAGACUAUACUACUUGGUGUACCCAGCUUCAGUCAUUUCUUGUCUCACAAGGUCUUCUUGGCAUGGUUGACGGCUCCAUUCAGGAGAUUAAAAUUUUGGUUGAUAAUCUUGCUACAAUUAAUUGCUCUGUCCCUCCUCGUGAAGUGCUCAAAACUACUAUUAUGGGGUUGGGACCUGAGUAUGAGUCCCUGUUCACCACUCUCUCACUUUUUCCCCAAAAUUUUCCUUUUGAGACCCUGCGCAAUCAUCUUCUUGAGCUAGAGUAGUGGGUUCUCUACCUUCGCUCCCAGGAGUCAUCAUCAAUGCACCAGGCCUUCGGUGCUAUUGCCACAGGGGUCCAGCCGGCAGGCCAGCAGCCGCAGGGACCUCAACAGCCGGGAACACAGCAGCAACGUCCACACGGCCAGCCGCGGUCACGGUCGUGGCAGGGGACGCGAUGGUCGUGGGCGCGGACGAGGACAACAGGGGGUUCAAUAUGGGCAGCCCAUGUAUUGGUAUCCGCAACAGGGCAGGCGGGCUAUGCCCCAGCAGGGGGUGCUCCUUCGGUUUCUGCCGACUACGGGCUUACCAUCAGACGGGGGUAUUCUUGGUUCUGUUCCCCAUCUCGUUGUGUGUCAAAUUUGCUUUUCUGCAGGUCAUUCUGCGGUUACUUGUCCCUCUCGCUUCACUCAGCCGUCCAGUCCAACUCUCUUGACUACUCCUGGAGAGUCUAACCCCGCUUUAUGGUAUCCUGAUUCGGGGGCCUCGGUUCACAUGACUGCAUUCGAAGGACAAAGCCUCGGGGACAAUUCUUCUGCGAGCUUCCAGUAGUGGGCCACUCUAUCCUCUGCAUCUGCCAUCAUCUCCAUCCUUAGUUUUAGCUUCGAUUUUAGCUUCUAGCCCUGUGUGGCACCGUAGAUUAGGUCACUGUGGAGAUAGUAUUUUGCAAUUUCUUAAACGUCGACAAUUCUUAUGUAGUCACUCCCCUUUUACUCAUGAGUGUGUUGCUUGCCGAUUAGGAAAAUCACAACGAUUGCCCUUUAUGGAUGCUAGUCAUAAUUCUUCUUUUCCAUUACAAAUUAUUCAUUAUGAUGUGUGGCAGUCUCCAAUUUAUUCUAAUUUGGGCUUCAAGUACUAUGUUUGUUUCAUUGAUGAUUAUUCUCGAUUUACUUGGAUUUAUCCCAUGUGUCACAAAAGUGAAGUUUUCAUGCAAUUUAAGAAUUUUAAAGCUUUGGUUGAAAAUCUUUUUAAUCAUAAAAUUAAAAUUUUUCAAAGUGAUGAGGGAGGUGAAUUUGUUAAUCAUAAUAUGCAGCAAUUUUUCUCAGCUAAUGGAAUAUAUUUUCAAAAAAUUUGUCCUGACACACCUCAACAAAAUGGGGUGGCUGAGAGAAAACACCGUCAUCUUCUUGAAUUAACUCGAACUAUGCUUCUUGAAGCCUCCGUUCCGAGUCACUAUUGGGUUGAUGCAAUUUUUACAGCUGCAUAUAUCAUUAACAGAUUACCCUCACCCACAUUAAAGGGAUUUUCUCCAUACCAAAAACUUUUUCACCGUGUUCCUGACUACUCUUUUAUGCGUGUGUUUGGGUCAGCAUGUUAUCCGAAUUUUUCGACCACCUCAGCUAAUAAACUUUCACCUAGGUCUGUUCAAUGUGUUUUUCUUGGCUAUGCACCGGGGGUACAAGGACUAUCGUUGUUUGGAUCCUACUACAGGCCGUGUGUAUGUUAGCCGUCAUGUAAGGUUUCACGAGGAUACAUAUCCCUUUAAAACCAUUAGACAGCCUAUUCCAUCUCAUUCCCCUAACCGACCAUCCCCUAUGGCUCUUACCGACACCUCACCCACACCAUCUGCUCCAACUUCACUCAUUCCCCAGCCCUCAGCCACAGGACAACUUCACCCGUUCCCCAGCUCUCCACCGUCCUUCUUGCAUUCUACCGCCAGAAUGCCUUCCCUAUCCCACCCACUGUCAUCCUCUUCCCCUUCCCCAUCAGCCUGCUCCACCCCGACGUCCUUAACCUUGAGUCCAACCCCUUCUGUUUCAGAAUUUGACAAUAGGACAACCACUCCCAAUUCCUAUUCCCAGCCCAACUCUUCCCACAUCGAGACCAGCCCUCCUUCAUCCGCCUCCAUUCCGCCCCUGAUGGUCCUCAAUCAGCAUCCAAUGCAAAACCGUGCUAAAGCGGGAAUUUUCAAACCUAAACCCAUUUUGAAUCUCAGUACAGUUGUUAUUCCUGCGGAUUCCACUUGUUUUACUGAGGCUAAUAAACAUUUAAAAUAGCGGGAAGCAAUGGCUGAUGAAUUUAAUGCCCUCAUUAAUUAUAAUACUUGGGAUCUGGUGCCCUUUGACAAUACUAAGAAUAUUGUUGGCUGUAAGUGGAUUUAUAAAACGAAAUAUCAUUCUGAUGGGUCUGUGGAACGUCAUAAAGCUCAGUUAGUUGCUCAGGGAUUUAAUCAACAGGCUGGUAUUGAUUUUUCUGAAACCUUUAGUCCUGUUAUUAAACCCAUCACAGUUCGUAUUGUACUUACCUUAGCUGUAUCUUUUGGUUGGGUUAUUCGUCAGCUUGAUGUUAAAAAUGUCUUUUUACAUGGUCAUUUGACAGAGGAAGUCUACAUGCGUCAGCCCCGUGGGUUUAUUCAUCCUCAAUUUCCUAAUCAUAUGUGUCAUUUGCGCAAGGCCAUUUAUGGCCUUAAGCAAACCCCACGAGCAUGGUUUCAUCAGUUUAGUAGCCUUUUACUUCAGCAUAAUUUUUCCUGUAGUAAAUCUGAUAAUUUAUUAUUUAUUUAUCGCCAUAAUAAUUCUAUCAUUUAUUUAUUACUAUAUGUAGAUGAUAUUAUUAUUACUGGCAACUCUGAGUCUAUCGUUACCCAGUUUAUCUCUAUUAUUUCUAAACAUUUUGCCAUGAUGGAUCUGGGUAAUCUCCAUUAUUUCUUGGGUCUUGAGGCAGUUCGUUCUCCUAAAGGUCUGUUUCUCUCUCAACACAAAUAUGUCCCUGAUCUAAUAACAAGUUUUCAUCUCCAUACGGCUAAACCCAUUCGCACACCAUUAGCUUCUCGUACUACUCUGUCUUUUUCUGAUGGUGAGUUAGUGGCGGACUUUACUGAGUAUCGCAGCAUGGUAGGUGUGUUACAAUAUUUAACUUUGACAAAGCCAGAUAUUACUUAUGCAGUACACUUAGUUUCUCAGUUCAUGCAUGCCCCCCGUACUACUCAUCUACUUGCAGUCAAAAGAAUUUUCAGGUACUUGCAGGGGACACGUGAUCAUGGGUUGUGGCUACAGCGUUCUACUCGACCCACAUGUGUUGUUGCCUAUUCUGAUGCAGAUUGGGCUGGAUGUCUUGAUAGCUCACGAUCCACUACUGGUUUUGCUGUCUUUUUGGGUCCUAAUUUAAUUUCUUGGAAAUCCAUGAAGCAGCCCACCGUCUCAAAAUCAUCCACAAAGGCAGAGUAUCGUGCUAUUGCAUACACCGUUCAGGAUACACUCCACAUCAGAUCUGUUCUCUUUGAGCUCGGUUACCCCAUCACGAAACCUGUGCAUCUAUUAUGUGAUAAUAUUUCAGCUUCCUAUCUGACUGCAAAUCCUAUCCAGCAUGCUCGGAGUAAGUAUAUCCAGAUUGAUUAUCAUUUUGUUCGCGAACGUGUUGCCCAUGGAGAUCUAAUCGUUCAACAUGUUUCUACACAUCUACAGUUGGCAGAUAUUUUUACUAAGAGUCUACCUACUCAACGUUUUCAUUUUUUGAAAGACAACCUGCGCGUUAUUUCUCCCGCACAACUUGAGGGGGUGUAAUAGAAUUAUUAGACCAUUAGUAUUGUACUUUACAUUAAACUCUCCUGUUAUAAAUAUAUCUGCCAGAGCUUCUUAGAGAGCAUCCUGUUCCAUUAUUUCAUAGUAUGAUGUUGUGUUCAAUGUGUUGAUUGCAUUGAGGUUUUUGAACUGUAUAUACUUAUCAGUUAUCAGAAUGGAAAUUCAAUGUGAUGGGAUAUUAAGGUUCGGCCCAAUGUACCUGCCCAGAAUAUCCCUGAAGCUGAGACGCAAGGGAAGGUCCAGGGAAAAUCAUCAGGCCCGAACGGCAAGCCUCGUUCGGCACAUCCCGAACGGGAUGUAAUUAACACUUGGGUAAUUAGCUUAUUCCUGAUUGGUGGCUUAGCUAGGCUUAAUCCCGAACGAGAGUUGCUCAAGUAACCGACUGCAGUUAAUGCUGGAUCAUGGGAGCAUCAAGUGGCAUGAGAGGCAACCAAUCAUAUUAGAGCACCCUCAUACCCUCAUCUAGUAUAAAUAGCAGCAUUUAAUUCAUUUUUAAGGGUUAGCAUUUAUUUACUCUCUAGCUCUAAUAACAUUCUAGCUCUUGUAUUAGCCUUUGGACUUGAACAGCCAUUCGGCCAUUUCUGUGUAAUUGUUAUUACUGCGUUAAUACAAAUUGAGUUAUUUGAGUAGUUAACUCAGAUUUUAUAUUUUCUUUUAUACACUUUACUCUAGCAAAUCGCAUCCUAGAUCCAAGGUUGGUGUUAGGCCUUUGGGUCAUUCGGGACUUAACCUCAACAGAAUGUAUGGAUACCAUACUUGCAUCUGGUUCUCAACCUCCUAUGACUCCUAUUUCCCAAGAAUCUGUGGUGGAAGCUCAUGAUGUUGGGGCCAGCACACAACAGACAAAUGUUCUUGAAAAUAAGAUUAUGGAGGUAGAGUCCAGAUCUAAAAUACGGGAUCACUUUGUUAAGAUCAAAGAUAGUAAUGGUGUUGUUCUCAAAGGAAAAUGCGUACAUUGUGUUAAAACAUACUGUUGUUAGUCUAAGAAGCAUGACACUUCUUCUCUUAGAAAUCACAUACUCAACUGUCUCAAAAUGCCUUGCUCAAAGGAUGCUAGGUAAGCCUUUCUCACUUUUCAACAAGUCUUGUUUAAUCCAACAUCUAGAAAUAGUGGGGUGUUAGGGGAUUGGGUGUUUGAUCAGGGUGCAAUUAGGAGAGCACUUGCUGAAAUGCUUAUCAUUGAUGAGCUUGCAUUUAGAUUUGUAGACAGACAAGGGUUUAGGAAGUUUAGCUUGUCCUAGGUUCCAAAUUCCUUCUAGAUGAACAAUUGCUAAAGACAUCUACGAAAUCUAUUUAGAUGAGAAAGUGAGUCUGAAAAGGUUGUUUAGGGAGCACACUCAGAGGGUCAGUACAACAACAGACACAUGGGCCUCUGUACAAAGGAUCAAUUACAUGUGUAUAACUGCACAUUUUAUAGAUUAUGAGUGGAAGCUGAAUAAAAAGAUAAUCUCCUUUGUUCCUGUGACUUCCCACAAAGGAGAGUACCUAGCUAAAGCCCUAGAGUCUUGCCUGGUAAAUUGGGGAUUGAAAUUUAUCUUCACUGUGACGGUUGAUAAUGCUAGCAGUAAUGACACUGCAAUAGGUUUUUUUUUAAGAAGAAACUUUUAUCUUGGGGUGCCUCUUCUAUAAAAGUUAAGUACCUUCAUAUGAGGUGUAUUGCCCAUAUCCUUAAUUUGGUUGUUCAAGAUGGUUUAAAAGAAAGUGAUGGUUCUGUUCAAAGAGUCAAGGAUGUUGUUGAGUGUGUUAAGAAAUUUUCCCGCUAGGCUUCAAAAAUUGAAGGACAUUUCAUACUUGAUUGGAAUGCAAACUAAAGCUGGAUUGCAUCUAGAUGUCCCAAGUAGGUGGAAUUCAACCUAUUUGAUGCUCAAAUCUGGAAUGUCCAAUGAAAAAGUUUUUGAAGCUUAUGAAGAGAACUGAAAGUUCUUAUGUGGUUGAUCUGGGGAAUGAAAGCCCUGAUGAUGAGGACUGGCUUGCAAUUAAAACUUUGGUAGUGAUUCUUAAAAUUUUUUAUGAUAUGACACUUAGGAUUUCAGGCUCUCUCUAUGUGACUGUUAAUACCUUCUCUGAAAUAUUUGAUCUCUUCUUUAUUAUCAAAGAUAUGGUUGCUUCUGAAACUGAAUCUGUGUCCAAAAUGGGGACUGGUAUGAUAUCCCAACAUGAUAAGCACUGGGGUGAUCCUGAAAAAAUGAACAUGUUCAUUUUCUUUGCAAAUGUGCUUGACCCCAGAGAUAAAUAUGAUACAUGCCACAUCUAUUGAAUGCUUUGUAUGAGGAAAAGAUAUGUGUGGCCUUCUUUGCAAAGAUUAAGCUGGGUUUGAAUGAGUUGUAUAGUGAUUAUGUUACAAACUAUGAUAUUUCUGUCAGUGGAAGCUCUCAAUUAACCCCGAAUGCUCUAUCUUUGCAAUCUGAGUCAACUGGAAGUAGGUUUGCGUCUAAAUUCAAAGUCCAGUUAAAAAAGCAAAAUCAAGAUAGUGGCCUUUGAGGGUUGAAAAAAAUGAACUUGAGGAGGACACUGAAUUUGAUAUAUUGAGAUGGUAGAAGCUUAAUGGUGAUAGGUUUCCUAUCCUAUCUAAGAUGGCAAGAGACAUUCUUGUUGUUCCUAUUUCCACAGCAGCUUCUGAGUCCACUUUUAGUACAAGUGGAAGCGUGUUAGACUGUUUUAGGAGUUCGUUGAGUGCCAUAAUUGUUGAGGCACUCAUAUGUGCUCAAGACUGGUUGAGGAUGUCAAAUCAGGUUGUGUCAGUGGAAGAAAAUAUUGAGGAGGUAGAGAGGCUAGAAACAGAAUUGUCUGAUGGGAAUAUUGGUGGAGGCCCUUCUCUUGAUCAGAUAAUAGUAAAACUUUUCCUUUAUCUUUUAAUUAUGUAAUAACUUACUUCACUAAUGAUAUGCUAUGGUUCUGUCAAUGUUGUGGCUGUAAAAGCAUAACCUUGCUCAUGUGAUGGUAAUUGGAAGUGUUGCUGAUUCACUGGUACAAUUUCACCUAAUUAGUGUGUGUACAACAAGACAUGGUAAUCUUGUUUCACUCUGUACUAAUUGAUUAAGUGUUGCAUAUUUUUGGCAAUGAUGAUAGCUUUCACCAAAAAAUGAAAUUGAUGGGUUGAUGUUGAUUCUAUUUCUAUAUAGUUUCGUAUGCCCCCAUUUUUAGUGAAGUGAAUAAAAAUCGAGCCAAAAUAUACCCUACUACUUGCUACCUUGCUGGAACUACUGGGAUUUGAAAAUGUAUUUAUGAGUUAUUAGAUUAAGUGUUGCAUAUGAUGAUAGCUUCCACCAAAAAAUGAAAUUGAUGGGUUGGUAUUGAUUCUAUGUCUAUAUAGUUUCGUAUGCCUCCAUUUUUAGUGAAGUGGAUAAAAAUCUGAGCCAAAAUAUAUUGGAAUUUGCAAAUGUAUUUAUGAUUUAUUAGAUUAAUUGUUUGCUUAGUUUGGCAAUGAUGAUUCAUUUUUAGUAGGCUUUUACCAGAAAAUGAAAUAAAUGGGUUGGUGUUGAUUCAUUUUCUACUUGCUGCCUAAUUGCCUUGCUGGAAGCAUGGAACUACUCGAAUUUAGAAAUGUAUUUAUGAGUUAUUAGAUUAAUAGUUUGUUUAUUUUGGCAAUAAUGAAUGAUGAUAGCUUGUAGCCUUCUACCAGAAAAAGAAAUAAAUGGCUUGAUGUUGAUUCUAUUUCUAUAUAGUUUUUAAUGCCCUCAUUUUUAGUGAAGUGAAGCUAAAUCUGAGCCAAAUCUGAUUGUAUAUUUGUAUAUAGUUUUCAUAGUUCCCAACAGUUAACUAGUUAAGUCUUUUAUGAUACUAAUUUUUUGCUUGUCAUUUACAUAGGAAUAAAUAGAAUGACUGACUAACCGUCUGCUGGAAUAACAGAUGGAAACAGGAAACUAGAUGUCAACUAGAUGUCAAGAUUUGAAGACUUCCUAUUCAAAUGUUGAAUGUUGUUAAAAUUUGGUAGUUGCUAUUUACUAUUUUGGAACUUUGGAUUACUCAAAGUGUCAAUUCUCAAACUGCAUUAUGUAUAACUGUAUAAGUAUGUUUUUGGAGUUGUACAAACUCUACUAUUUUGCUAGUUGUUAUAUUAUUAUGCAUGUUAAAAUGUGUAUAAG